AAUAGGUGUGUGUAUUCUUUCACUGAAUUUAGGAAAUUGUCCUUUAUAGGUUGAUUUUGUGGAAAAUUUAUUAAUAGCUCAAUUAUUAUCCUUCAUUGUAAAUUGCUAGUGUACUUUUAUUUAUAUUGUGUGUCAUUGAUGAUAAAUAAAAUGAAAUGAGAAAUAAAAAUGAAACUUAAGGUUCACUCUGCCAGGUUUCUGGAAAUACCUUGGAAUAUAUUAUGUAUGUGCACACAUGUGAGCAGGUCUUUGUAUGUGCAAAAGACAAAGACAGUUCAAUUUCAGGCAUAGUAGGAUGACAGUGAAGGUGCCGACCAGAAAAACAAUGACCUGAUCAGAGCUUUAUUAGCCUCACUGCCUUAGUCCAUUUUGUGUUGCUAUAACUGAAUACCACAGAAUAUUCGGCUGUAACAGAACACCACAAGCUGAGUACUCUAUAAACCACCAAAGGUUUAUAGUAAUCUAAACUAUAAGCUAGAUUAGUUUAAGGCUAAGCUAAGGAGGCUGGGGUGCCCAAGAGCAUGACACAGGCAUCUGGUGAGGAACUUCGUGCUGCUGAAAACAAGAGAGGGCAAGAGCAUGAAAGCAAGAGGAGAACUAGCUCGCUUUUAUAACAAAGCCACUCUCACAAUAAAUAACCCACUCCUACACUGUCUAUAGUAAUUCAUUCAUAAGAGUAGAGCCCACAUGACCUAAUUGCUUCAGAUUAGACCCUGUCUCCUAAAAAUGUUGCAUUGGGGAUUAAGUUUAUAACACAAGAAUUUGUGGGAGGCAUUCAAACUCUAGCACUCACUGAUCCAUGGGUUGAACGGAUACUCCUUCAUCGUUUCCUAGUCAUGAGAGAAUUAGCAAAGCUAAGUAGUGAUAGGGGAUGGGAAGAUGGGGGAAUUGAAGAAUAAUAAUUAGAAACUAAAUGACUCUCUACUUUUACCAUUUAAUUGUGUUCAGGGAGAGAGACCUCUGGAAAAACAGAGAAUGUUCAGCUACUGUAUAAAUACUUGCCAUAUUUGCUUAGUGUAAAAUAAUAGACAAAGACUCUUUAUCGUCUCAAAAUUUUAAAUUCUUUACUUCUUUAACACUUAACAUAAUACUGAUGCCACCCUGUAUCUUUGGGUUCUGCAUCCGUGAAUUGAACCAACUGUGAAUGAUAAAUGUUAGGGGAAAAAAUUCCACAAAAUUUCAAGAAGCAAAACCUGACUUUGCAGUGUGACAAGUACUACGUUGAAUCCAUGUGAAUCAUGUGAUGUGUAGGCAUUGGAUAAGGUAUUGCAAGCGAUAUGGCUUGACUGUGUCUCCACCAAAGAUCUUAUCUUGAAUUGUCUUUGCCAUAAUCCCCAAUUGUCAAGGCCUGACCCAGGUGGAGCUAAUUGGAUCAUGGGGGCCACAGUUUCCCUUAUACUGUUCUCGUGAUAAUGAGUGAGUCUCACGAGAUCUAAUGGUUUUAUAAGUGUCUGGCAUUUCUCCUGUUUGCCCUCACUCCAUUCCACUGCCCUGUGAAGAAGGUGCCUGCUUCUCCUUUGCCUUCCACCAUGAUUGUAAGUUUCCUGAGGCCUCCCCAGCCAUGCAGAACUAUUCUCAAGUGGGUGUUUUACGCAUUUGGAAUGUUUCAAGAACAACACCUAUUGAUAACCUUAAAUUAAAGAAAACAGGAUUUCACUGCUUACAUGUACUUAAUUCUCCUCCAAGAAAAAAGUUUUCAGUCCAAUCUCCAACCAAAAACCAUUAUACAUCCUCAACAAGUGAAGCAGUUCCACCCCCAACUUUGACACAGAAUCAAGCGUUUUCUCUUCCUCCUGGUCAUGCAGUGUGUUGUUUCUUGGAUGGUGGAGUUGGACUUUAUGAUAUGGGAGCUAAGAAGUGGGAUUUUCUUAGAGACUUGGGACAUGUGGAAACUAUCUUUGACUGCAAAUUCAAGCCUGAUGAUCCGAAUCUUUUAGCAACAGCUUCCUUUGAUGGCACCAUAAAAGUCUGGGAUAUACAUACAUUAACAGCAGUGUACACAUCCCCGGGGAAUGAAGGUGUUAUUUAUUCCCUUUCUUGGGCUCCAGGUGGUUUAAAUUGUAUUGCUGGGGGAACUUCCCGAAAUGGUGCUUUUAUUUGGAAUGUUCAAAAGGGCAAAAUUAUACAACGAUUUAAUGAGCAUGGAACAAAUGGAAUAUUCUGUAUUGCCUGGAGUCAUAAAGAUUCUAAAAGAAUAGCAACCUGCAGCAGUGAUGGUUUCUGUAUUAUUCGAACAAUUGAUGGUAAAGUGCUACACAAAUAUAAACAUCCGGCUGCAGUGUUUGGUUGUGAUUGGAGCCAAAACAAUAAAGACAUGAUAGCCACUGGCUGUGAAGACACAAAUGUUCGUGUUUAUUACGUAGCCACCAGCUCAGAUCAACCAUUGAAAGUAUUUAGUGGGCAUACAGCAAAAGUGUUUCAUGUUAAAUGGUCUCCUCUGAGAGAGGGAAUUCUUUGCAGUGGUUCUGAUGAUGGUACCAUUCGCAUCUGGGAUUAUACUGAAGAUGCUUGCAUCAGUAUUCUUAGUGGACACACUGCACCUGUGAGGGGAUUAUUGUGGAAUACUGAGAUUCCGUAUCUGCUCAUAUCUGGCAGCUGGGACUAUACCAUAAAAGUAUGGGACACUCGAGAAGGAACUUGUGUGGAUACUGUGUAUGAUCACGGUGCAGACGUAUAUGGUUUAACCUGCCAUCCCAGUCGCCCCUUCACUAUGGCCUCUUGCUCCCGUGACUCUACAGUGAGACUCUGGUCAUUAACAGCCUUAAUCACUCCUGUACAAAUAAAUAUUCUGGCAGACAGAUCUUGGGAAGAAAUUAUUGGGAACACUGAUUGUGCUGUAGAACCAGGCACUCCUCCUCUAUUGUGUGGUAAAGUGUCAAGAGAUAUUAGACAAGAAAUAGAAAAACUAACCGCUAAUUCUCGAGUGAAAAAACUAAGAUGGUUUUCAGAAUGUUUAUCCCCUCCAGGUGGCAGUGACAAUUUAUGGAACUUGGUUGCUGUGAUAAAAGGACAGGAUGACAGCUUACUUCCUCAGAACUACUGCAAAGGAAUAAUGCACUUGAAACAUCUGAUUAAAUUUAGAACAUCGGAAGCUCAAGAACUAACAACAGUCAAGAUGUCUAAAUUUGGUGGUGGUAUUGGUGUACCUACUAAAGAGGAAAGACUGAAGGAAGCUGCUGAAAUCCACUUGAGAUUAGGACAAAUUCAGAGAUACUGUGAACUUAUGGUUGAACUUGGAGAGUGGGACAAAGCCCUGUCAGUUGCACCAGGGGUCUCUGUGAAAUACUGGAAGAAGUUAAUGCAGAGGAGAGCUGACCAAUUAAUCCAGGAAGAUAAGGAUGAUGUCAUUCCAUACUGCAUAGCCAUUGGUGAUGUGAAAAAGCUGGUCCAUUUUUUCAUGUCAAGAGGUCGGCUUAAAGAAGCUCUGCUUGUUGCACAGGCUGCUUGUGAAGGAAAUAUGCAACCCUUACAUGUUUCUGUGCCUAAAGGAGCUUCAUAUUCUGAUGAUAUCUACAAGGAAGACUUUAAUGAGCUCCUGCACAAAGUCAGUAAAGAACUGGCAGAAUGGUAUUUUCAAGAUGGUCGAGCAGUACUAGCCGCAUGUUGCCAUCUUGCCGUAGAUAAUAUUGAGCUUGCUAUGGCAUACCUGAUCCGCGGAAAUGAACUGGAGCUGGCAGUCUGUGUGGGCACAGUACUCGGAGAGUCUGCAGCACCGGCAACCCACUAUGCCCUAGAAUUACUGGCGAGAAAGUGCAUGAUGAUUUCAAUAUGCUUUCCAUCUGUUGGAUACAGGAAUUUGGCAGCCGAUCUUCUCCUGAUGAUUCCUGAUAAUGAACUACAUUUAAUAAAACUCUGUGCUUUCUACCCAGGAUGUACUGAAGAGAUAAAUGACCUUCAUGAUAAGUGUAAGCUACCCACAAUGGAAGAAUGUAUGCAGUUAGCUGAGACAGCCCAUGCAGAUGACAAUAUAUUUGAAACUGUAAAAUAUUACUUGUUAAGUCAAGAACCUGAAAAAGCCCUUCCUAUUGGUAUUAGCUUUGUUAAAGAAUACAUCAGUAGUUCGGACUGGACUUUGGAUGCCAUAUACCCUGUUCUUGACCUAUUGAGCUAUAUUCGUACUGAAAAAUUGCUCUUGCAUACAUGUACUGAAGCUCGAAAUGAGUUGCUAAUAUUAUGUGGUUACACUGGUGCAUUAUUGGCUAUCAGAAGACAGUACCAAAGCAUUGUUCCAGCACUUUAUGAGUACACAAGUCAGCUAUUAAAACGUCGGGAGGUGUCAGUACCUUUAAAAAUUGAAUAUCUUUCUGAGGAACUGGAUGCAUGGAGAGCUUGCACACAGUCCACCAGCAGAUCAUUAGAAGACUCUCCGUAUACACCCCCUUCUGAUUCACAAAGAAUGGUUUAUGCAACUUUAUUAAAGAGACUAAAAGAAGAGUCACUGAAAGGAAUUAUUGGACCAGAUUAUGUGACUGGAUCAAAUCUUCCAAGUCAUUCUGAUAUUCACAUUUCUUGUCUUACGGGAUUAAAAAUCCAGGGCCCUGUGUUUUUCCUUGAAGACGGGAAAUCUGCUAUCUCCUUGAAUGACGCUUUGAUGUGGGCAAAGGUGAAUCCAUUCUCACCUUUAGGGACUGGAAUACGACUCAAUCCAUUCUGAUAGAAGAUGUUUUGUUUUGGUUUUUUUUUUUUUUUUUUUUUUUUUUAAGAAAAACUUUGUGGGUUCCUAUUACCUUAAUCUUUGUUAUUCAAGUGCCAGAGGUUGGGAGAAGGAUCGCAGGUUGGGAGAGUUGGGAAAUAACAGUGAAUUUAUUCAUUAACUUCAAAAAAUAAAAUAUGUAUAUAAUUUAAAGGAAAAACAGGUGCCUCUUUUAUAAACAGUAACAGCUACUUUUGAGAAGGAGGAAAUAUUUAAAUUAUAAAGGACUGAAUAAUCUAAAAAGCAUAAAAGGUAUCAAAAUAUCACAUUGUUGAAAUAUUGAAACAUAUUAAAUUGUGCAACACCUAGAAGAGUGCUGGACAUACAGUAAGUACUUAAUGGAUAUGUGAAUGAUUGAAUAUCUUGAAAUGUCAAAAUGUAAGGUGUGCACAGUGAUCUUCAACUUAACAAACACGUUCUCCUUUAUAAAAUGCAUAGUAAACCACUAAUGUUAGUUAUUUAAUAAAAGUUUUCAGUUAUAAGUUUGGUAAAUAUUAAUAAAUGGAUACACAGUCAAAAUACUUUUAAAAAAAGAAAAUGUUACCAGUUUUUUAUCUGAAGUUUAACUGUCCAAUUGUAAAGGUGUAAGUUAUAUAGGCAUGAAAAAAAUUGGGGUGUAAAAAUCACAAAAUGCAGUCGAAUAUAUAUGAAAAGCAUUAGGUGAUAAAGUGACUAUUUUAAGAGAUUCAGCAUGCAUGGAUAUUAGUUUUGAUUAAUGUGUAUAAUAAUUUACACAUUAUACUCUAGUCAAUUUAUGUUAACUUUAUUUAAAACACAAUUUAUUUGUCUGGGCACGGUGGCUCACGCCUGUAAUCCCAGCAUUCUGGGAGGCCAAGCCAGGUGGAUCACCUGAGGUCAGGAGUUCGUGACCAGCCUGGCCAGCAUGGUAAUACCCUGUCUGUACUAAAAAUACAAAAAUUAACUAGACAUGGUGGCGGGUGCCUGUAAUUCCAGCUACUUGGCAGGCGGAGGCAGGAGAAUCGCUUGAACCCGGGAGGCAGAGGUUCCAGUUAGCCGAGAUCGCGCCACUGCACUCCAGCUUGGGUAGCAAAGAGCGAAACUCCAUAUCAAAAAACAAACAAAAAACACAAUUUAUUUGAUGAAAAUUAGUUUUAAGUAAAUCUUUGUAAAUAGAUACUGGUUGAAAUUUUGGACAUAUUAGGUUGAUUUAACUUUUAAAAUGUUUUUUAAUAGUGUAAAGCUAUGAAAAGCCUGAUAUGUGACUACAAAUGUUUCAGUUGGACUAGAAUUCUGACUUUGAAACUUAUUAAAUUAAUGCAUACUGAAAGUACUUUGAUACUCAAGUUGUUUUACAAGAUUUAUAAUAUAGAUGUUUUUGUUUGACUAAAGAGUAAUCUCAAAUAACUAGAAUACUUGGGGCUUUUAUUAUCUUUAAACUUGUUACAUUUAAAAUAUUUUUAACACCUUCUUAACAAAACUUCUUAAAACUGGAAAAAAUAUAUAUUAUGUGUCUAUGUAUCAUAUUUAUCACAUUGACCACUUUUGAUUCCUCAAAAAGACAUUACAGGUUUAAAUUCCAUUUUAUAAAAAAACAAUUACCUGUAAUCCCAGCACUUCGGGAGGCCGAGGUGGACGAAUCAUGAGGUAGGUAGAGGGAGACCAUCCUGACCAACGUGGUGAAACCCUGUCUCUACUAAAAAUACAAAAAUUAGCUGGGUGUGGUGGCACGUGCCUAUAGUCACAGCUACUCGGGAAGCUGAGGCAGAAGAAUCCCUUGAACCCAGGAGGUGGAGGUUGCAGUGAGCCGAGAUCGCACCACCGCACUCCAGCCUGGGCAACAGAGCAAGACCACCAUCUCCAAAGAAAAAAAAAAAUAUAUAUAUAUAUAUAUUUAAUCUUAUAGAAGAGAAUAUACACAACUCAGAGAUGCAAUGGGUAAUAAAAAGAGUACCUGAGAAGUAUUUUUUUAAACUCUUAGUGAUAUCUGUAACUCAAAUUUGUCUUAGGUGAGGAGGAUUAUUAACUGGCACAUAUGUACUAAAAACCCCUCACUUAAAAAUGGCAGUCUCAAUCCUACUGUCAUCCUUUUUAUUUUACAAUAAAUAAGCCUAUCUUUUUUGUGCUUACAUACUUCAAAGGAUGUCAUUAAGUAUAUAAACAAUCAUUACUUCUGUAUUUUUAAUGAAUGCAGGAAAAUAAUAUUUUUAUGUAUAAAAGAUGAGAAAAUUUUGCAAGUCUUUAAACACAUAAAUACAACAGAAGAGCAACCCAAUUUCUGUCUGAAAUCUAAAUUGGAUUCAUUUGACCAUCAUUCUAUUAUCUUUGAUUCCUACAAUGUCUAUAUCUUAUGACCUAUAACUGUUAAUUUUUCAUAGAAUUAUAAAUGUCAUUUGACUAUGUCAGUCUGUAUAUAUUGUGCCUUAAUAUGAAAAACAAAUUUUUAAUUCAUAAAAAUAUUUUUAUUAGAUUUCAUAUGCAUGAAACCCAAGCAAAUUUUAUGAAUUUAUUUUACUAUCUGAAAAUGUUCAUACUACCAAUAAUGUGGACAAAUUACUCUGCAGGUUUCAAUAUGCCUCUCUAAAGGAAGAGUCUCAUUAGACAGUGAUUUUUAAAGCAUUGGAAAAACAUUUUGCCUGUAAAAGUUAGCAGUUAUCAAGUGGUUCACAAAAUCACAACAUCAAAAUAGUUACAUCUUGUGAAAAUAUAUUAUUUUUAUGUCAAUCAAGACAAAUGAAAUAUAUAUGUAUGUGUAUAUAUAUGUAUAUAUGAAAUAUAUGUGUGUGUGUGUAUAUAUAUAUUUCUAUGAAAUUGUCCAGAUGUGUUCAGGAACAUGAUUGCAUUAGAGCAAUGACUGUAUUUUGUUGUCCUUAUAACAUUUAUACUCUUUUGAUUUUAAGUCAAAAGGUAUUCUGAAUAUAAUAAAAGCCUCACACAUUAUUUGUAAAAUUUAGUGGUUCAUAUUUAGUAUAUCAGUAAUAGAGAAGACAUCGUUAUAGUCAACUCUUAAUAAAUGUUUAUUGUACCAAAUCUUUGAGAUAUUUGUACCUAAAUGAAAUAUGUACUUUCAUGCUAAAAUUAUGUAUCAUGACUAUGCUAUAAUUUGGCAUGUCAUUAUCUAGAUUUACGUGUAUGUAUUUAUUUCAGGUCCUUUAAAUUUUAUUAAAUAUUACAGUUAAAUCCUGAUAUGACAUAGUU